GGUAGGUCCGUGAAGCCCAUGUGUCAGAAUGUAUCGGCUGGAUCCAAUGACAACAUACAUAAUUUAAAUGCUCAAUUAUAGAAUCAGAUUUUGGAUGGGGAGUAAGCUAGACGCACAGUAAAUUGAGUUUAACCUAAAGCUAUAAAAUAAACCAAAAUCCAAAAGGUAAAAAAGUAGCCUAAUGCCGUAUUCCUUAUUCACUUUUUGUUUAUUUUUGAUCAAACUGUGCUUGUGAACCUGACUUAUCGAUUGACACGUGCUUAUACCUAAAAAUAAUUCAUAACUCAUAACUAAUAUAUUUCCGUUUGCAACGCGCUGGAUGUUCUUAACGUUUCCUUUGAUGCAUUGUCAGACGGUGAGAAACAUCUCGUGGUUUGAUAGUAAAAAAAAGACUCUAUUCUUCCCCGUGUGCGAGGUAAAAGGGAUUCCCUCAACGUCACCAAGGAGACCAAACAAAACACCAGCGCAGCCCCAUAUAUGGGCACGUACGUCACGGCGGAACUCCGAGGCGGGACUUAAAGAGAGCGAGAAAAGAGAGGUAGAAAUGCCCUGGUUUUACUCAAAGAGGAUGGAUUAAUUCAAGACUAUAAGGCGAGACGCGUGUCCGUGGAUUUAAAGAUUGUAACGUCGGCCAGCCUCCGUGGAUUUGUAACCUUACAUUCGGACGGCGGACUAAGGGAAUACCUCCUCGGUCUGAGCGGAGUUCAACAUCUGGAGUUCAGGCGCUUCCCGACCAGGGGACCCGGAUCACCUUCUCCAUGCAACUUUUUUGGAAAGACACUAAAAGCACCUUACCGCACCACGUUAAGAAGAUCACCGACGGUGACGCCCCGCUGUCCCGGACCGACCCACCUCGAGUCGCCCAGGGGGUAAUGUUCGGAGGGUUCUCCGGAGACAUCGACAGCGGUUCCCGUGAGAGUUCGUCCCCGUCCAUCGAGUCUCAGUACAUCUCCUCCCUGGACUCCUUCGGCAGCCCGCCGACCACCAGUGCUCCGCAGGAGUGUGUGCCGGCUGUAGGUGGGCUCAUCAGCGUCGCGGGAGCAGGAGCAGCAGGUGGAGGAGGAGCAGGAGCAGCAGGUGGAGGAGGAGCAGGAGCAGCAGGUGGAGGAGGAGGAGGAGGAGCAGCAGGUGGAGGAGGAGGAGGCUUGGAGAUGCCCGGCUCGUUCGUCCCCACCGUCACCGCCAUCACCAGCAGCCAGGACCUGCAGUGGAUGGUGCAGCCCACCCUCCUCUCCUCCCAGGCCCCUGGCCAGGGCCUCGGGGGGGGCCCCAUGACCCACCACGGGCCCCUGGUCGACCCCUACGACAUGCCGGGGCCCAGCUACUCCACGGGCUCCUCUUACCCCUCCUCCUCUACCGCGGACCCCCAGGGCCCCGCCCCCGGCCAGGGCCCCGCCCCCGGCGCCAUACGCUCCUCCAGGGCCCGCGCGCGCCGGGUGAGGGAGGAGUCAGUGAGUGACGACGGCGACGCUGGUGUGUUACUCACCCCCGAGGAGGAGGAGAAGAGACGCGUCCGCCGCGAGCGCAACAAGAUGGCCGCCGCCAAAUGCCGCAACCGCCGGCGGGAGCUCACGGACCGGCUGCAGUCGGAGACCGACGUCCUGGAGGAGGAGAAGUCCGAGCUGGAGGCGGAGAUCUCGGAGCUGCAGAAGGAGAAGGAGCGGCUGGAGUUCGUCCUGGUGGCCCACCAGCCCGGCUGUAAGAUCCCGUACCAGGAGCAGAGCCAGCCGCAGCCCACGGGGCAGAUCCCCCCGCUGCAGCUGGCGCCCCAGCCCGGCCCGCAGGACGUCUCCAUCCUGGGCCUGACUGUGAAGGAGGACGAUUUCUUCCUGCCUCCCGCCUACACCCCCCACCCGAGCUCCUCGCUGGGCCUCCCGCCGCCGCAGCAGCAGCAUCAGCUGCCACCGCCAGGGCUAAUGCAGGAGGUAGCCUUUUCUACUUCUUUCUAUGGCUCGAGCCAGCCGGCAGCGGGGGGGGCCUGCCACACGGCCCUCCACAGUGGUGGUGGUGGUGGUGGUGGUGGUGGUGGUACCCAUGACGGCGGCUUCAACCCCUCAUACACAUCCUCAUUUGUCUUCACCUACCCGGAGGGAGCCUGCGGGGUCAGUGCCAACCAACGCAACAGCAGUAGCGAGCAGUCCUCCGACUCUCUGAACUCGCCCUCCCUGCUCGCGCUCUGACCGGCCGCCGGACACUAACCCCUCCCCCGAGCCUAUACGCACACGUCGACGCGCACACACCGCACACACCGCACACGCACACACGCACACCGCCCAGCGACACCAGGCGCCCGGGGCGAUCGCCCGCGCUGCCCUGAGCGCCGAGGGGACGGGUUCUACGUAACCCGACAGCGAGCCUUUCUCGGAUAUUUGCACAUUGAAAAAAACGAAUUAUGAACCGAUAAUUGACCAUUCAGUUCCUUCUCACUGAGGAUUCUGAUGGCGUCGUAUGAGCCAAAGCUGUCCCUGUGCACAGCAGUAUCCAAUCGCUCCAAAUGAGGGUUCAAGGGAUUCAAUUAUUACUUUCAUUCACAAUAAUUCCUUUGAAACUUUACCUUUCAAGUGAAUUAUUUCAAUUUAAAACCAGAUCCCCCCCAUCCCCAUGAGCCCCCCCUUUAUCUCUGUCGGCCGCCCCUCCCCUAGUGCCCCCCUCCCAUCCCCCUCCAUCACCUCCUGCCCCUCUUCAUCACGCUGAAUGUAUUUGUGCCGAGCUGAACUAGGGAGGAAGGACGCCUUGGCUGGGGUCACUCCUACUGAAGGACAGACGGCCGAUCUCUCGCUCUCUUCUUCUUCCUCACAUGCUCGACCUUCUUCGCUUCUCCAUUCGAUGUGACGUCACGCGUGAGGGGACCGACGGGUUCUCCGCUUCCGCCUGCCGCUCUCCUUUUUUUUUGUAUGCUACUGCUGCUGUGCGGGCUCCGGCCGCCCCCGUCCCGACUGUGGCCUCUUUAUCCUUCUGUUUCUGUGUCUCUCCUUUCCUUCUCUGAAGUCUCCGUCCCCUGAGAGCCCGAAGACCCCGACCGACCCCUGGGACCUUGAGUGAAGGGCGGACCCCCCCCCC